CCACAAUGCUUCCCGGGGCCUGGACUUUGGCUGUUUGCAGACUUUGCCCUGCCUGGGUCAGCCGCUCUCUGGGUCAGCAUGGGCGGCUGCAUCUCUCUGCUCCGGGGCUUCGUUCUCAUCUUCAUCCUUACCCUUGUCCUGCACCAGGUAGAGCUUUCAGUGUUUCUUCCAGCCUCGAAGGCAAACAAAGUUCUGGUGAGAUGGAGGCGCAGCAAUUCUUACUUUCUGGAAGAACUUUUUGAGGGAAACUUGGAAAAGGAAUGCUACGAGGAAAUCUGCAAGUACGAAGAGGCAAGAGAAGUGUUUGAAGAUGAUGUCCGCAUGGCUGAGUUCUGGAGACAGUACAGGGGUGGCUUUCCAUGUAUCUCACAGCCCUGCCUCAACAACGGGACAUGCAAGGACAACAUCCGAGGUUACAGCUGCACCUGCGCCCCUGGCUACGAGGGCAAGAACUGUGCGAUGGCUGAAAAUGAAUGUCACCUAGAGAGGACCGACGGGUGCCAGCACUUCUGCCACCCAGGCCAGUCAUCCUACAUGUGCAGCUGUGCGAAGGGCUACAAGCUGGGCAAGGACAACAAAUCUUGCAGUCCCAGAGACAAAUGUGCGUGUGGGGCCCUGACUUCCGAACACUUCACGGUGCCAGAAAGAGGCUGCCAGAGUCCGCCUACCUUCCCAUGGCAGGUCAGGUUAACAGAUUCUGAAGGAAUGGACUUCUGUGCUGGUGUCUUAAUACAGGAAGACUUCGUGUUGACAACGGCAAAGUGUUCGCUAUUAUACAACAACAUUAGUGUGAAAGCAGAUGCUGGCCAGAGGAUCGCGGUCAAGAGCACUCACGUGCACAUGCACUAUGAGGAGGAGUCGGGGGAGAAUGACGUCUCACUGCUGGAGCUAGCGAGACCUGUGCAGUGUCCCCGCUCAGGGCUCCCUGUCUGUGUUCCAGAGAGGGACUUCGCGGAGCAUGUCCUCAUCCCUGGAACAGAGGGUCUCCUCAGCGGCUGGAUGCUCAAUGGCACAGACCUGGAUACCACACCCAUGGUGCUUACUGUCACACGUGCAGACAGAGAGGAGUGUGGACAGACCCUGAAUGUAACCGUGACGACGAGAACAGGCUGUGAGAAAGGCAGUGUGGAGACAGGGCCUUGGCUGGAGGGAAGUGCAGUGACCCGAAAACACAAGGGUACCUGGUUCCUCACAGGGAUCCUAGGCUCACAGCCACCACCGGGGCCGUCACAUUUGCUCCUCCUCACCACAGUCCCAAGAUACUCCAUGUGGCUUAAACAGAUCAUGAAGUAGCUGAAAUCCAACAACACGGCUGCCAGGUGUUCAGGUCCUGCUGGUUUCUACUAGAAGGUGACCUCUUUCCUUGGGACUUUAAAUCUUUAUUCUUGAGAAUUCCAUACCCGAAUACAGUAUGACCACACCCUCAACCCAUUUCCCUUCUCUAACUUGCUUUCUAGUCUUCUCAACGUGGCCCUCCCAUAGGUCUCUUUUUAUUUUUUGAUAAUCCACUAAGUGCAGCUAAUGCUACCUCUGUGUGUGUGCUCCAGCCACUGGUGCACCCUCAAAAACACACAAUUUGGCGUCCCCCAGCAGCUCUCAACUGCCAGUGGCUCCUCAGCAAAAAGUGGGGCACAGAGCACAGCCCACCUUUGUCAGAAUCUUGUCCACCUUGACCUUGUACAGUGUUGAAGGCAUCCCCACAGCUGUGGUGUCUGCACAUGGAAUAAGCCUGCCCUGUCCAGAAGGCACUUCUCAGAUGAGCUCGAUGGAGGAGAGAGUGCAGGGGCUGGGGAGAGCUGGGGCCUGUUGAUUAAGAUGUCCCACUGAGGACUGAACGUGCUCUCAUUCUCAGUCCUCGGACCCAUCAGGCAUCUAUGCAUUAAUGGUUGCCAAUUAUAAAGAGAAACUUCUCUGAUCAAGGGCUGCAGACAAUCCAGCUCUAUAGGUAUGAACAUAAAUAUUUAGAAGCUGGUUUUUAACAUGAGCAUUUAGCAAAGUAAUAGCAGGGCCUACCCUAGGCCUACAACUUCCCCACUCACAAGCUUUUGACCAAAAUUAUAGUUUCAAACACAAAAUCUCUCCUGUGCAGCAGGCCUCAAAUUCAACCAGGAAGCAGUUGUUUGCUCUAACAGUUAUGCCACGAUUGCACCAGUGUGCACACCUUAUCUGGCAUGUCAGUAUUGUGGAUACAGGGUCCAGUACUGCAGUAAGGCAAAUGAUGCCUUGGCUGCCCCUGUAGCUGGCACAGAUCUUCUAGUACUAUGAAAGCUAUUCGGCAGGGAAGAGUUUUUCCUUCAUAAUUUUUAUCUAAACAGAGACCUUCAGGAAAAAAAAAAAAAUAAGGUAUGUGAAUAAAAUCAAUAUCAGUUGUAAA